AUGCUAGUUAGAAUAGUAGUGGGAAAAGAGUUCAUAUCGAUCAUUAGUGCUUAUGGGCCCCAAGUUGGGCUCGAUGAUCAAGUGAAGCGAGAGUUUUGGGAUAACCUAGGAGACCUUAUAGGUACCAUCCCUGCCGAUGAAGAAGUUUUUAUAGCUGGAGACUUCAAUACAAGGAGGCAUAUAACUAUAGCUUGGUUCAUGGUGGUUUUGGUUAGAAAUGAGAGUAGAGAGAACUUACUUGAGUUUGCUUUAGAAAAGAAGUUGGUUAUAACAAACUCGAUCUUUAGAAAGAAGGAUGAGCACUUGAUAACGUCCAAGAGUGGUGGGCAUGCAACCCAAAUUGACUAUUGUUUUGUACGGAAGGGUGAUCGAUCCUCAUGCCUGGAUUGUAAAAUGGUGUUGGUUACAGAGAUGCCCACCCAACAUAGGUUAUUUGUACUAGUGUUUCGUAUGAGGAGGAAUAUUACCAAGAUGAAGAUAGAGUUCAAGCAUACGAUCAUGUGGGGUAGACUUAAAGGAAAUAUGGCCCCUACUUUGUCAAGAUUAAGUCGUUCAGCUUCCUAA